AUGACAGACAACCCAGAAGAGCCCUUGAUCGCCAACUCCCAGUCGACGGAGGGGGACCAACAUAAUGACAGCCACGAUGUCGAGCACGCGCAUGCAUCCCGAGGAGGAAAACAGAACAUAACACCACCAGGCCUGUUUAUAUGGCUACUUACAUUUUCCGCCGGAAUAAGCGGUCUACUAUUCGGCUAUGACACAGGCGUAAUAAGCGCCACCCUCGUCUCCAUCGGCACAUCCCUCUCGCACCGCCCGCUAACCUCGCUCGACAAAUCCGUCAUCACCUCGUGCACCUCCCUCUUCGCCCUUCUGGUCCUACCCUUCGCCUCCUCGCUCGCCGACGACCGAGGCCGCAAGCGCGUCGUUCUCUUUGCCGACACGCUAUUCAUCAUCGGCGCCCUCUUGCAAGCAGCCAGCCGCACGGUCGAGAUGAUGGUCGUCGGCCGUUCGGUGGUCGGCGUGGCCAUCGGCGCCGCCAGCUUCGUCACGCCGCUGUACAUUGCCGAGUUGGCGCCUGCGACGCACCGCGGAAGGUUGGUGACGAUGAACAUCGUGUUUAUCACACUUGGCCAGGUGGUGGCGUACGUGGUGGGCUGGAUUUUUGGGACGUAUGGCAGUCCGGAGACGACGGGGUGGAGGUGGAUGGUUGGGUUGGGCGCGGUGCCGGCGGUUGUCCAGGUGGUUAUCUUGUUGUGGAUGCCGGAGAGCCCGAGGUGGUUGGUCAAGGAAGGAAGGUCGGAGGAGGCGAGGGAGGUGAUUGCGAGGAUUGCGGCGGGGCAUGAUGCGCUGGAUCCGGAGACGAGGAGGGAGGUGGAUGCUGUGUUGAAGAAUAUCGAGAUUGAAGUCAGGGAGGAGGCUAUGGCUACAAGACAUGCUGUGCCUGGGGCUGGGGCUGGGACUACCAGUGCGGUGAAUGCGUGGAUGGAGGCUAUGCGGGAACUGUUUAGGGUGAGGAGGAACAAGCGGGCGUUGGCGAUUGCUUGUCUGCUCCAGGGACUUCAGCAGUUGUGCGGAUUUAACUCGCUCAUGUACUUCUCGGCCACGAUAUUCACGAUGAUCGGGUUCUCGGAACCGACCCUGACCUCGCUGGUCGUGGCCGUCACCAACUUUGCGUUCACCCUGGUUGCCCUGGUGUUGAUCGACCGGGUGGGAAGGAGACGCAUCCUUCUCUGGUCUCUUCCCUUUAUGAUGGCAGGCCUGGUGCUUGCUGGCUACGGGUUCUCAUUCAUUGAGCUUCCGGAUUCAGAGACCAGUUCGCCCACGACAACGGGAGCCCAGGGCGGGGCUAUCAUUAUUUUGACGAGCAUCAUGCUUUACGUGGCUGGCUACGCCAUCGGACUGGGCAAUGUGCCGUGGAUGCAGAGCGAGCUGUUCUCAUUGAAUGUGCGAUCUGUGGGCAGUGGUGUUGCAACGGCAACCAACUGGAGCGCCAACUUUGUGGUUGGACUGACGUUCCUGCCGCUGAUGGAGGCCUUGUCGCCGUCUUGGACGUUUGUCCUGUACGCAGUAAUUUGCGCGGUUGGCUAUGGCCUGAUUUGGAGGGUAUACCCUGAAACCGCAGGGCUGAGCUUGGAAGAGGCGGCGACCCUUCUAGAAGCAGAUGACUGGGGGGUGCGGUAG